CUCCGCGCGGCGCGCUCCUCCUCGCUCCCGCUCCCCACUCCCGGGAUGUGUCUCCGCCGUACGACGGGCUAUGGCCACCACGACUUCCGGGUUCCGUCAUUUCGUUCUCCCGCCGCCGACCCGCGCCGCCAAACUGAGGCUCUUCUAUAAGCCAGGCAGCAGCCAACCUGCCAACACCUACUGACACUCACUCAUCUCCCAGAGAGAGAAAGAGAGCGAGAGAGAGCGAGCGCGAGAGAGCGAGCGCGAGUGAGAGCGAGCGAGCGAGCGAGAGAGAGAGGGAGAGACAAAAUACCUACCAGGAAAGGGGGGGAGGAAGUCCAGUUUUUGCAAACUACUCAUUUUUUUUUCUUGAUUUUUCCCCCCCUGCUUUCUUUGAACGCUACUUUAAAGAGAGAGGAUCAUAUUAUAGAUACCGCGGGGGCAAAGCUAAGGAGGGGGGAGGAAAAAUUCAAGAAGCAGAAACCCCUCGCGGAGUUUUACUGGAAGAAAAAAACGGGUCUGAAAGAUUCCUCCUCUUCAUCAUCAUCAACCAUCAUUCAUUCACUACCUUGACAUUCCGGGCUUUGAUUGACAGCUGGAGUGGCAAAAAGCCAUGAAACACGACAGUUCGGUUACAUGUGGGCUGCUGACGGGCCGCUCAUAACCUUCAGUUCGGGGGCUUGACAAUUUUUUUUCUUCUUUUUCUUCUUUUUCUUUUCUUUUUUUUUUUUUUCCAACUGAGGGGAAGAGAAGAGAAAGAGGGGGAAAGGAGGACCGAAGAGGAGGAGGAGGGGAGGGGGGAGGAGGAGGAGGUGGAGGAGGAGGAGGAAGAUCAGGAGGAGGAGGAAGAAGAGGAAAAAAGAGAAAAAGAAGAAAUAUCACAGGAAAAAAAAAACUCUUCGUUGUCUUGCCUGGGCUUUCUUUUUCCCCCCCUAAAAAUAACAUAUUGGAAAACUGGGAGAAGUCUCCUUGGUUUGGAAAAAAAAAAAAAAAAAGGAAUCUUCAGCCUAGAUCACUUUCUUAUCCGGACUGGGAUAUUAAAUAUACGACACAUCCAGGAGUUUAUUGGAGCGCAGACUGAUGGCGCAAAGGUACGAUGAGCUGCCCCAUUACGGCGGGAUGGACGGAGUAGGGGUGCCUGCUUCCAUGUACGGAGACCCUCACGCGCCGCGGCCGAUCCCACCGGUUCACCACCUGAACCACGGGCCGCCGCUCCACGCCACGCAGCACUACGGCGCGCACGCCCCGCACCCCAAUGUCAUGCCGGCCAGCAUGGGAUCCGCUGUCAACGACGCCUUGAAGCGGGACAAGGACGCGAUCUAUGGGCACCCGUUGUUUCCUCUGUUAGCUCUGGUCUUUGAGAAGUGCGAGCUGGCGACCUGCACUCCCCGGGAACCCGGAGUGGCCGGCGGAGACGUCUGUUCCUCCGACUCCUUCAACGAGGACAUCGCGGUCUUCGCCAAGCAGGUUCGCGCCGAAAAGCCACUUUUUUCCUCAAAUCCAGAGCUGGACAAUUUGAUGAUACAAGCAAUACAAGUACUAAGGUUUCAUCUUUUGGAGUUAGAAAAGGUCCACGAACUGUGUGAUAACUUCUGCCACCGGUACAUUAGCUGUUUGAAGGGGAAAAUGCCUAUAGACCUCGUCAUUGAUGAAAGAGAUGGCAGCUCCAAGUCAGAUCACGAAGAACUUUCAGGCUCCUCCACAAAUCUCGCUGACCAUAAUCCUGCAUCUUGGCGAGACCACGAUGAUGCAACUUCCACCCACUCAGCAGGCACCCCAGGGCCCUCCAGUGGGGGCCAUGCAUCCCAGAGUGGAGACAACAGCAGUGAGCAAGGGGAUGGUUUAGACAACAGUGUAGCUUCACCUGGCACAGGUGACGAUGAUGAUCCAGACAAGGACAAAAAACGCCAGAAGAAAAGAGGCAUUUUCCCCAAAGUAGCAACAAAUAUCAUGAGAGCAUGGCUCUUCCAGCACCUCACACAUCCGUACCCUUCCGAAGAGCAGAAGAAACAGUUAGCUCAAGACACAGGACUUACAAUUCUCCAAGUAAACAACUGGUUUAUUAAUGCCAGAAGAAGAAUAGUACAGCCCAUGAUUGACCAGUCAAAUCGAGCAGGUUUUCUUCUUGAUCCUUCAGUGAGCCAAGGAGCAGCGUAUAGUCCAGAGGGUCAGCCCAUGGGGAGCUUUGUGUUGGAUGGUCAGCAACACAUGGGAAUCCGGCCUGCAGGUUUGCAGAGCAUGCCAGGGGAGUACGUUUCUCAGGGUGGUCCUAUGGGAAUGAGUAUGGCACAGCCAAGUUACACUCCUCCCCAGAUGACCCCACACCCUACUCAGUUAAGACAUGGACCCCCAAUGCAUUCAUAUUUACCAAGCCAUCCCCACCACCCAGCCAUGAUGAUGCACGGAGGACCCCCUUCCCACCCUGGAAUGACUAUGUCAGCACAGAGUCCCACAAUGUUAAAUUCUGUAGAUCCCAAUGUUGGCGGACAGGUUAUGGACAUUCAUGCCCAAUAGUAUAAGGGAACUCAAGGGAAAAGGAAACACACGCAAAAACUAUUUUAAGACUUUCUGAACUUUGACCAGAUGUUGACACUCAAUAUGAAAUUCCAGACAGCUGUGAUUAUUUUUUACUUUUUGUCAUUUUUCAUCAAGCAACAGAGGACCAAUGAGACAAGAACACAAAUGUGAAAUCAUGGGCUCACUGAGACAAUUCUGUCCAUGUAAAGAUCCUCUGGAAAAAGACUCCGAGAGUUAUAACUACUGUAGUAUAAACAUAGGAACUAAGUUAAACUUGUACAUUUCUGUUGAUCACUCCGUUAUGUUGCCUCAAAUAGUUUUAGAAGAGAAAAAAAAAAUAUAUCCUUGUUUUCCACACUAUGUGUGUUGUUCCCAAAAGAAUGACUGUUUUGGUUCAUCAGUGAAUUCACUAUCCAGGAGAGACUGUGGUAUAUUUUAAACCUGUUGGGCCAAUGAAAAAAAGAACCAUGCUGGAGACCAUGGUGAACGUCUGGCUGAACCUCAUCCCUCGGACUCCGGCUUCAAGAAUGUGUUUUCAUGCCCGGCCUUUGUUCCUCCAUAAAUGUGUCCUUUAGUUUCAAACAGAUCUUUAUAGUUUGUGCUUCAUAAGCCAAUUCUUAUUAUUAUUUUGGGGGACUCUUCUUCAAAGAGCUUGCCAGUGAAGAUUUAAAGACAGAGCAGGAGCUUCUUCCAGGAGUUCUAAGCCUUGGCUGUGGACAAAACAGUCUUAAGUUGGGCAGCUUUCCUCAACACACAAAAAAAGUUAUUAAUGGUCAUAGCACCACAACUAGGACUUUAUCCGAGACUCAAAGCUUGGAGGAUAAAAAGGAGCAAGAGAAUACUGUAACAAACUUCGUACAGAGUUCGGUCUAUUAAUUGUUUCAUGUUAGAUAUUCUAUGUGUUUACCUCAAUUGAAAAAAAAAAAAGAAUGUUUUUGCUAGUAUCAGAUCUGCUGUGGAAUUGGUAUUGUAUGUCCAUGAAUUCUUCUUUUCUCAGCACGUGUUCCUCACUAGAAGAAAAUGCUGUUACCUUUAAGCUUUGUCAAAUUUACAUUAAAAUACUUGUAUGAGGACUGUGACGUUAUGUUAAAAAAAAAGGUGUUAAGUCACAAAAUGCGGUAAUAAAUAUUUCAUUUUUGA